CCGCCGCUGCCUGCCGGAGUGGGAAUAAAGACAGAUAGCGGGGCAGGCACCGGCCGGGCGGGUGGGACGGAGCGCGCACAAAGUUUCCUGCGGAGCCCGCGGGCGGCGGCAGCGAUGCCCGUGCUGCGCGGAGCGCUGGGGCUGCGCGGGCGCCGCCGGCCUUAGGGGAGCGAGAGCGGCGCGGGGCGCGGCAGCGAGCCCCCGGCCCGUCCUCUCCUCCGGGCGGCCAGGAGGAAGCGCCCCGGGCAGGGACGGGAGAGCGGCAGUGCCGGAGCGCGGGGAGGGGGACCGGCACCGCGGGGCCAGCCGCGCCGGCGGAGCCGGGGGGAAAGAUGAGCUUGUUGUCAACCAUCGACACCAGCGCCGCGCCCGUGUACCAGCCCGCCCAGCUCCUCAACUGGGUCUAUCUCUCGCUGCAAGACACGCACCAGGCCAGCGCCUUCGAUGCCUUCAGACCCGAGCCCUCCUCGUCCCAGCACCCCGACCUCGGCUACACCAAGAGCACCCCGGAGCUGGGCUCGUCACUCAGCUCCAGCUAUCUCAACAGCUUCUUCCAGCUCCAGCGGAGCGAGGCUCUGAGCAGCAGUCUCUACAAGAGUGCAUCACCUUAUGGCUCUCUUAAUAACAUUGUGGAUGGGUUAAGCUCCCUCACCGAGCAUUUCUCUGACCUAUCCCUUUCUUCAGAAGCCAGAAAACCCAGCAAGAGGCCACCUCCUAACUACCUGUGCCACCUCUGCUUUAACAAGGGACACUACAUCAAAGACUGCCCCCAGGCUCGUCCAAAAGGAGAAGGCCUCACACCAUACCAGGGCAAGAAACGCUGCUUUGGUGAAUACAAGUGCCCCAAAUGCAAGAGAAAAUGGAUGAGUGGAAACUCCUGGGCUAACAUGGGACAAGAAUGUAUCAAGUGCCACAUUAAUGUUUAUCCUCACAAACAGAGACCCCUGGAAAAGCCGGACGGCCUGGAUGUGUCAGACCAGAGCAAAGAACAUCCUCAGCAUCUGUGUGAGAAGUGCAAAGUUUUGGGCUACUACUGCCGCCGAGUGCAAUAAACCGUCAAAGUGGCCUCUUCCCAUCCCCAUCAUCCUUAGAGAUUCUCUGGCAGCAUGCGAUCAACAGCAGCACAACAGAUCAAGAUAAAAGCUAAAAGAAUUGCCAAUAUUGCCUAUCUAAUAAUAUGCCUUACCAUUAAUAGAAUGUAACAUUUCUCCUGUGCAUGUGCAUGCAUGCAAUAGGUAUUUACAGGACUAUGAUUUGUAUACAUAUAUAUGUAAAUUUAUAUAUGUACACACAUAAGGUGUUACUGAUGAUGUUCACUACAGAACUACAGUUACAGGUUCUGCUGAUUGUUUACACAGACCCUAUAUCACAGCCAGGUGAAAUGAAGUACUUUUCAAAAGGCAAGGAAUAAUAUUCACAAGGAAUAUUUGUUACAUGUAUGGCUUUUGCAGAGAUUCAGUAACUGUGGGGCCACUAAUUGUAAGCACUCACCCACAACACGAUCACUAUUCUUAUUAUAUGACAAGACAAAGGAAGAUGAAACAAGCCACAGCAUAAAAGGGGAAUUACUGCUUUCCCAGUUUUAGAAAGUCUUAAGAGUUUUGUGCUGCUGAUUUCUUGGACUUUUUUUCUAUUUGUUACCAUCUCUUGGGCAGGGCUUAGGCAAAAUAAUUUUUGCAGGACAUGGAAAAAAAAGUGAAUAAUUGUUUGAGGGGUGUGGGUUGGGUAGGAAGGGAAUGCCAUAAGAUUCCAAGAGGUUUUUGGAGGAGACAAAAUUGGCUUGCUUAUGCAACUACCAGAUCCUUUCCUUGUCAUAUAAACCCACUGACAUGGCCCCUUCUAUGUGCAUGGCCUGUUCAUUAGGCCACAAGCUUCAUAAAUUUACAAUGAAUAAGGGGAUAAGAAUACUUAAAACUGACCCCAAUACCCUUUACUGAAAGAUUAGCCAAACUUACUAUUUAUAGUAGUUUAAAAGCCACUUUCUGGAAAUAUUUUAUGUCCUGUUUUCUACUAUAGAAAUUUGUUAUAAUAUGAAACAUGUUAGCCAUAGGGGUGUUUUAAGGCAUGGAGAACACUCUAUAUAUAACCCUCUUUCUUUAUGUCUUCCUGAAGAAGACCCACAUACCUGGGUAGAAAUUUAGGAAUUAUAUUUCAUUGUCCAAUUUCAGGUAGAACUUUGCACAGGGACAGCUUGCUGCAAAGAACAUCUCGUCAGGGAUUGGCAAAUAUAAACUGAAAGUACCUCGAGAUAGUAUCCUGUUUGUAUGGCUACGUCAGAGUACAUUGGCAAAAGGACACAACAAGCAAUUAAUCUGUAGCAUUCACUAAAAAAAUUAGAUGAAUGUUUGAGGGGGGGGUUACAUCAGCAAUUUAUAUUUUUAUGAAGUUUCCUUUAGGGAGAUUGUUUUGUGUGAAUGAUACUUAGAGAAAACAAUUUAAAUCCUAAAUAACUUGAUGUGAACUAAAUGUGUUCUGAGGACUAGUUCUGUAAUGCAGAGACAGUGGGGGGUUUAUGCCAAGUGAUAGCAGGGUGUUACCAGUAUGUCAAGACAAGCUCUUAUAAAGAAAGUGGAAAACUUAUCACAAGCAUUCACCUGCUUUGCUAUAAGCAGGGCAAAAUUGCAUCUGCUUGUUUGGUGGGAGUGGCAGGUACAUCUCUUGCAAAUGCCAUUAUUUACGGGCAGCCCGAGUGCCCCAGCCUGCUGCUCACAGCAAUGGACAAGCAUCCUGACUCCUGGCUUCUGACCACAGCUCUCCCAUAGCUCCCUGAUUCUGGGCAAGUCACAAGAUCCUUCUGGACCUCAGUUUCCCCAGCUGCAAAAAGGGGGUAAUAAUACUUUAGCAUACCUACCUCACAGGAGAGUUGUGAGGUUUACUUAAUAUCUCUUAAGUGUUUUGGCAUCACUGGAUGAAAAGUGCUAUGUAAUGCUAAAAUAGAAUUAACUAAAUUAAUCACUUGGAAACUACUUUUGCCCAGUUAGCAACUCCAACUAAAAUAGCUGAAAAUAAUGUUAUUGAAAGUAACACUAAUAAACAGUUCAGUUGCCUUAGUGAAGAGAUGCAGUUUUAGCAUUUUGAAAUGCAAACACAUUCUUUUGCACAGAUCCACAAAUUAACUUAGAGACAAAUUCUCUCAACAAAGAUACUAAUCUCUCUAUACAAAUAAGAAAAUACACAAGCAAAUCUAGGGGUGGAUUUUCUAAGCUUGACCUCUAGGAUUAAUCUCAAUAGUUUGUUUCAAGCAUGAGUAAUUUUGAAAGAGCAGCUUUUUAAACCAGAUCUAUUUUUUCCUCUUGAGCACUUAAUAGUACAGGAACAAAAAAAAAAAAAGACCUAGAUGGUUCACAUCUAGCUAAAGAACAUGUAGAAAAACCCCCUUAGAUGAAGAUAAGGGAAAACGUUAUUUUAUUUUCUUCCUGAAACUAAGGUGUUGCUAUCAAACAUUUUGUUCAGCACUGAAAUAAUCUCCCUGUUAUGAUAACCACUAAAACCAGUAGAAUAGCACAACUCUUGAUAUAGCUGUAUCACUAUAUAACACACCACCAGGUUCUGAUAAAAAGCUGACUAAAAGACAUUAUAAGCAUUGGUAUUUUCAUUACAGUGCCCUAUUAAGAAUUGUUUAUCCAGAUUCAACACUGCAAGGCAAUGCCUUUAGUUUAUGAAUUUGUAGAUUGUACUAAAAACACACGUGAUCUACUUUAACACAAUGUCUAUAGGUGUAGCAUAAUAAUUUUUGAGAGCACACUUAUGAGAGUUCAGUAUUUAUAUUAUUCAUGUGUUCCUAGGCAGAAGACAUAUAAAGUAUUAAAGUGAUACUUAGCACAUCUGUAACAAAGAGGAGAGCAGAUUUCCCCGUGCCCCGGCGCUGGGGGAAAGCAGAUGAAGAGCACAAGGUGUGAAAAGCAAGGGGGGGACACUGCGGUGGUUUGUGCUGCCCAAGGCGGAGGCGCAGAUCUGGCAGCGCGGGUGGCAGCGGGCACCGGGUCCCUGCACAGGCUGAACCCCUGCCUAAAACCGGCCCGGGCAGGGCAGCAGCGCCGAGCCCGGCCGGGGCAUCCCUCUGUCCAUCCCCGCAUGGCAGCAAUGCCGAGCCCGGCCGGGGCAUCCCUCUGUCCAUCCCCGCAUGGCAGCAAUGCCGAGCCCGGCCGGGGCAUCCCUCUGUCCAUCCCCGCAGGGCAGCAGCGCCGAGCCCGGCCGGGGCAUCCCUCUGUCCAUCCCCGCAUGGCAGCAAUGCCGAGCCCGGCCGGGGCAUCCCUCUGUCCAUCCCCGCAUGGCAGCAAUGCCGAGCCCGGCCGGGGCAUCCCUCUGUCCAUCCCCGCAUGGCAGCAGCGCCGAGCCCGGCCGGGGCAUCCCUCUGUCCAUCCCCGCAUGGCAGCAAUGCCGAGCUCGGCCGGGGCAUCCCUCUGUCCAUCCCCGCAUGGCAGCAAUGCCGAGCCCGGCCGGGGCAUCCCUCUGUCCAUCCCCGCAUGGCUUGGCUGCCGGAUUGGAGCUUUGGGCCGGAGCAUUGGCUCCACACUCGAGUCUGUGCAGUGGGAGGUGCUGGAAAAACACAUCCACAUAAUUGUGGAUAGCAGCUUAUGACCAUUGGCUUUUAGUUGGUGGCACAGAAGGGACAUUUCUGAGUUCUUAUUUCAAAGGGAAAAAAGGACUAUUGAUUACAAAAUAUAGAUUAUUUCUACUCCCUCCCCACCCGAAGGUAAUUCACCUAUAGAUGUAACCAGCUCUCUCCAAACCAGAAAAAAAAAGUGAAGGUGCAGAUUUUUGAGUGGAAAACUGAGGAAUUGAUUUAUCUUUUAAAAUGUAGUGACUGCCUUCUGAUGUUCUCUAACUAGCUCUGCAUUGGGAGCAUCAGCUAGCAAUCAGUUGAAGGCAUUAGUAGACAGUAUUGGCCAGAGUGAAGCAAGCAUCAAUAAAAAGAGUUUUAAAUCAAUACAGGCCUCCCUAAACUGAGUAUUCUUUAGGGCUGUACCUGAGAGCAGUUUGGCUCUGUGCGUGUAUUUGGCAAACUGGAUUUUCAACCUCAGAUAUUUACUGUUGACAGCCCACCAGUAUAUCCUGUCCUAUUCUACUUUUUAAUUUUCACCUUUUUUUUUUAAACUUCCAUUUAUUUCUUUAAAACCAACAACAACAAAAAAAAAAAUAAAAAAAAAAAUAAACAUCCCACAAUUUGUUUCAUGAGUUGGUCAUAACAUUUCAUAUCGAAUUUGGCAUUGGCAUGCCUCUGGAAAAAUGUUUGAGUAAUUUGAAACGUGUGUCAUAGGUUUUUAGCUGCUUUAACCUAAUGAGGCUGCAAUGAAGUUAUUGCAAAUCCUUCAUUUAAAGAUGAUGAAGAAAUAUCCUAGUAGUUUAAAGGAUGGCCCCAUUUUAGCCAGUUCCUACUGCUGCUACCACAGAUGUAAAAUGAAGCCACACAAGCAAAAUUUGAGGCAUUUUUGUCUCAAAGUUGCUAUUUAACGUCAGAUAAAUACACAAGAGUAUAUAUUAUUUCUGAAAAUAGGUGUAUUUUGAAGUUCCCCAUUAUAUGGGACUUAGUUUUUAAACUAAAAAUGUGAAGUUGACAUAUGUCUGAGAGAAGCCUUAUACCUAGAAGUAUUAUCUGCAUUUUACCUUUUUAUAUAACAUGAAAUUUAGAUUAUACAUGGAUUUUAUACCUGUGACACUCUAGCAUUUUUUAAAAGAAAAAGAAAAAAAGAAAAAAGAAACCCAAAACCUACUUAAAACGUUAAAAGUUUAGAGCUUUUGAAAAUAUCAGACUCCAUAGACUAGUCAUCUUUGUCCUGCAGUUACAAUGAAGAUUUUUUUUUUGUCCUAUUCUGGAUCCUAAGAGUUGUUCACUGAACAGUAAGCAAUAAAUCAUCAACACAUGUUUUUCAAGUUAAGUAGAUAGACAUGUAUUUUCCACUUGCCUUUGCCAACAUAUUUUAAAAUGUGAUUGAACUAUCCCCAUAGAAAAAUCAUUCUUUCAGAUAUCACUCCACUCCCAACUGGGCUUCCACCCAUAUCUCUUUCUUAUCUGCAAAACCAGUGCUGUCCAUAGAGUUUGCUGUAUCGCUCAAGUGCUCAGAGGGCUGUUUGAGAUCUUAGAUAUAGGGAUGAUGGAUUGUGUUUCUAGGAUGAAUUUCAAAGGGACAAUCGUGUGCAGUUACUAGCUAUAGAUGAUUGAUAUAAAUGUUUACCCCUGUAUGAAGUAUUUUACAGUUUUACUUGCAGAUGUGUAUUUAUCUUGAGUUAUACUUGACAUAGAGUUUCUUUCAAUUUUUUUUUAAUACUAUGUGUGUAUUUUGGAAACCUUUCUAGAUGUUAAAAUUUUUGAAUGGUUACAAAUAUUUCUUAUAAUACUGAAUUGUUAUCUGGAAACUCUUUGCAGUAACUUUUUUGUAUAUAUUUGAGGGCCUUUUUAAAAAAGUAUUGUUUGUUUUUUGGGCAAAGUUUUUACAAUUGGGAAGCUUUCAGAAGGGCCUUCCUCUCAACUAGGAUACUAACAGAGGUAAGAGUUUUCUUAAGUAUUUUGCAGUAUUUUGCAGAACUAAGGAUGUAUCCUCAAGAAAAUAUUUAUGGAAAUAAUUUACUUUUUUUUUUACAAUGCUUUUGUCUGUAUAAAGUAUGCAACAGAACUACAUUAAGAAGGAAAUAUUGUCUACAUAAAAUAUUAUAUGAAAGUUGGUACAUAAUUCUGACAAAAAACCUUGCAAUUCUUUAAGCCAUAUUGUUUUUGUUAUCCUUGGAUGAAAAUAUCAGUAUUAAGUAACCAGUGUAUUAUUCAAGUGCUUAGACUUAUAUGAAAAUGCUUAUUGGUUUAUUUAUGUGUAUUUGGGGAACGAGUGCUAGAAAAGCUAUCACUAGACAUGUAGCAAGUGAGGAGCAAAUAACAGUAUACUGUCACUUUAUGGCCUUGUGAGAGACACCAAGGUGUUGGAAGCACUGUGGAGACUCAGCUUCCAGAAACUCCGAAGCACAAGUGGUGGGUUUCAAAUGGUGGCUCUUUGCUUCCCCAUAACUAGAGGGGAAGAAAGUUGGUUGGGACACUGUUUAACUUGACUUUCACAACUCUUUGCAGACUGUGAGCUCAGCUAUGCAGUAUCAUCUACAGCAAUAAUAUCAAUCAAAGGAUGUAAGAGAAAAGGAUUGAAGUAGAUUAUUGUAGGGGUUUACGUUUAUUUUAAUUAGAACUCAUAGCAAUAUAGAAUAUGCAUGUGCACGUAUUCGAAGCAUUUUACACUUUACAUUUCAUGUAGUUUGAUUAUAUUAUGAAGGAUUGAGUUUUUAGUUUGAUAUUUUACCAUGCUAAAAUGGGAGGUCUGCCCAGCCCUAUACUGGAUUCUUGUUUCCUUUAAAAGGUUAUUUAGUACAGCACUCACUGCAUUGUGUAAUAGUGCUAAAACUAACACUAUUGUAUGAAUUUCUUCAGCUUUAAGAAAAAACUAGCCUAACAAUUAUUACAUUUGUUUAACUGUACUUACUGACCUUGUCAGAUUCAGUUGGCAAAUUGUGUAAUUUCUUUUUCUGUAACUGUUAAUAAACUUGUACAGCUAAAACAAACAAAACCUAUGGACAAAGGCCUCAGAGGUACCAGUUCUGUUUCAGCAAUCAAGAUGACAGCUUGCUCAUCUGGUGACUGUGUUGCUACUGAGACUGUAAAACCUCUGUUGUGGAUUGUCCAUAAAAUGGCAUUCCGACAUGUGCCUUAUUUGCUGGAUAGUAUACAGCUUUCCUCUAGUAUUCUAGCAUUUUAAUGCUGUAUUAAAGUAUUGCAAAAAACCCA